GGCGCUGCGUGCCUCAGGGGGCCGUGCCCGUGCGGCCCCUGGCGCUGCACCUGGCGCUGCACCUGGCGCACAAGCCGCACAAGCCGCGCGGCUCCGGGGGCCCCUCCGCCGGGGAGCCGCGGACUCCGACUCCUCCACCGCCGCGGGGUCCGCCGACCCAGGACGCCCAGGAGAAGCUGAUCGCGGCCGGCCCCGAGAAGAAGCUGCAACCUCCGCCGCCUAAAGAGAAUCCCUGGACCAAAAAGCCGUCGCAGCACCUGCCCCCCGCCGCGACGGAGCUGUCGCCGCCCCCGCCCGAUACCCUGGAGGCAGAACUCAGUGCCCCAAAACCUAUAAAAGCAGGAAUACUCAAGACAAAGAAAUCCAACAAGCUCAGCGAUUUCAGCGAUAUGGCUCUUUGGCCAACACCAGGUGAAUUAGUGAACACUGGAUUUCAGAGUGUCCUAAGCCAAGGAAGUAAGAAGCCACAAAUUAGAAAAGAAAAAGAAGAGAAGAUUGAAAAGAGAAGUAACAGCGAGAGCAAAGAAAACCGGGAAACAAAAUUCAAUGGUCCUGGUGAAAAUGUGAGUGAGAAUGAGGCUCAAUCAAGUAAUCAGCGAAAGAGAGCUAAUAAGCACAAGUGGGUACCGCUCCACUUAGAUGAUCUUAGGCCAGACAGCCAAGAAAGAUCUGGAUCCCGGAAUAACUCAAGAUGUCAAGCUGAAGCAAAUAAGUCAGCACAUAAUAAUAGGAGAAAUGAUACACAAAGUUGGAGGCAAGAUAGAGAAAAAAGAGAUGAUCAAGAUGAAGUAUCCAGUGUGAGAAGUGAGGGUGGCACUAUCCGAGGUUCCUUUAGAGGCCGAGGAAGAGGCCGAGGAAGAGGCCGAGGAUGGGGAAGAGGACGAGGCAGAGGAAAUCCUCGACUGAACUCUGAGUAUACGUAUGGAUAUGGAGAACUCGGUGAAAGGACUGAUCAGCCAUCUCAAACGGAAUUUAAUGCCAGUAUGAUGUACUACUAUGAUGAUGGGACAGGCGUACAGGUGUAUCCUGUGGAGGAAACAUUGCUUAAAAAAUAUAUUAAACGGCAAAUUGAAUAUUACUUCAGUAUAGAAAAUUUGGAACGAGACUUCUUUCUUCGGAGAAAGAUGGAUGAACAAGGUUUCUUGCCUAUAUCUCUGAUUGCUGGUUUUCACCGUGUUCAGGCUCUCACCACAAACCUUAAUCUCAUCUUAGAGGCACUGAAGGAUAGCACAGAAGUUGAAAUUGUGGAUGAGAAAAUGAGAAAAAGGGUAGAACCAGAAAAAUGGCCAAUCCCAGGCCCUCCUCCACGAAUUGUGCCACAAACAGAUUUGUCUCAACUGAUUGAUUGUCCAGAGUUCGUACCAGGCCAAGCCUUUUGCUCACAAUCAGGGAUCGAACUCUGGACCUUGCGCUUGCGAGGCAGGCGGCGGAACCAUUGAGCUAAAUCCCCGGCCUGCUCUUACGUUUCUUGUUCUUAAAUUAUAUGUGUAUUUUGUAAUGUAUGGAGUUUCUACCUCUCUUUUCAUUUUAUUCAAUGAUUAUAAAUACAUUGUUCCAGUUUCCCCCUUCUAAGACUGGAGUAGUCUAAAUGUUUUAUACUCUAGAGUGAGAUAUAUGAUGACCCAUAUUUUAAAGGAGAAUUAGGGUUCUCUUUAAUCUGGUUGUGUUUAGAAUUUCCCCAAACUUCUUUAGUAUUGAGAAACACUAGAUCAUUUUUAAGAUGUUCCCUCUUGGGGAAAAAAAAAUAUGUGCUUAAACUUUUUUCAGUCAGGGUGGUGAUCUUCCGAUGCUCUUGGAUGUCAUUUGAUCGGAAUAUCCAAUGGAAUAGGUGACUCACUGAAAUGCCAUUGUAAAUAUUGGGACAAAUCGUGCUAUGGAAGCGAAAGCAACCAGACUGUCUCCUGUACAACAGUGUCUACUCCCAACCCUCUGUGGAGGAGACUGGGCCAACACUACAAUGGAGAUAGCCACCUUUUCGAUGAUGAUGUGAGACAGAUCUGAGGACUGCUUGUACCAUAGGAGCUGUCCAUUUCUAUGUAAUUGGCCUGGGCUGCAUGGGCUACCUUUCUUCAUGGUGGGAAAGUUAAUUAUUAUCAUUGUGGAAAUACUACAAGAUUCUUUUGUUUCCAGGUAUAUGUACUUAUGUCCAGAUCAAUAAAAAACAGGAAAAGAGGGGCCGGGGAUUUAGCUCAGUGGUUCUGCCGCUUGCCUUGCAAGCACAAGGACCCAAGUUCGAUCCCUGGUACCCCCCUCAAAAAAAACAAAUCAAAACAGGAAAAGAGAGGACUGAGAAGCAUUUCCCAAAUUGUUAGGUCUUUUGGUAUUUGAUUUCAGUAUAGUGUAUGUUACAUAAUACACAUUGUCAUGGUGUUUCACGUGGACUAUAGGAUUUAUUGAUGUGGACAACUAAGGGCAAAGAAACUUAAAUGAACAAGGGAAUUUUUUACUUUACUAUUGGAAAUCUAUUUUUGAUAACAUUAAUAUGAGAGACCUGCCCAUUGAUAAAACAUUAAUGAUGGACCGUCUCACAGAUAUUUUUAUCUCAUGUUACUAUCUCAUAUUUUUUUGUCAACUCUCUGCCUCUAAUCCCAGUAAGAAACUUGCACAAGUGUUUUAAAAGUUGAAGAAAAAUGAUACUGUUUUAGUUUAGUUUUUAGCUUUUUAAAAAGAUGUAAUGGCUGAUUGUAUAAAUUAGAAUUAUUUAUUGUAUAAACAUGGGGUCCAGCAUGACAUUUUUAACCAUCAUAUGAACAAUUAUUGGUAAGAUGGAUAAUAUAGAAAAUAUUUUUUU